AUGUCUCCGGGUCCCAUCACGCAGUCGGCCGGGACUGGCCUCGGAAUCGUAGGUGAUGGCAAGGGCUGGUCCGGAGGAAGCACUCGGCCCGAUGGCGAGGCGAACCAGCCUCAAAGGAUCAAGGAGAACAGAGCAAAGGUCUUCCUCGAGGUGGAGCUGCACAAGAGAAAGCUUGGGCGCAUCGUCCUGGAGCUCUUCGGAGACGUGGUUCCAAAGACCGCCGAGAACUUCCGCUGCCUUUGCACAGGAGAGCGUGGAGUCAGCGCCGUGUCUGGCAAGCCUUUGAGCUACAAAGGCAGCAGGUUCCACAAGAUCAUCCCAGGCAAGAUCAUCCAAGGUGGAGACUUCACGAAGGGGGACGGCUCGGGUGGAGACUCUAUCUUCAACCAGGAUGGCGACGGAACGUUUGGGUGUGAGAACUUCAAGCUGAAGCACGACCGCCCUGGCUUGGUCUCGAUGGCCCACAAGCGAGGUGAGGAGGGCAAGCAGUCCUCACAGUUCUUCUUCACCUCCAAGGCAGAGCCCAAGCUGGACGGCAAGCAUGUGGUCUUCGCUCGAGUCAUUGAGGGCAUCGACAAGCUGUCGAAGCUCGAGUCCAUGGGCACAAAGGGUGGCACGCCUCUCUUCGAGGCCGUCAUCUGCGACUGCGGGGAGCUGGAGUCCGAGGCACUUCGCACGCGCAAGCGCAAAGCAGAAGAGAUACCUCUUCCUCCUGGCUGGAAGAAGAAGGAGUCCCGCUCGAAGCCUGGACUCGUCUACUACCAGCAUGAGAGUGGGCAGACGCAGUUUGAGCGACCCUCCUCAAGGUCCUCCAAAGAUCCAUUGGAAAAAAUCAUUGAGAAGGAGAAGCGGCAGAAGGCGGAGGAGGAGAAGAAGGAGGCUAACAAGCUUCCUGAGAGGGCCGUCCAGAAGGGCGAAGCUCGAAUUUGGCACAUCCUCAAAAAGCACAGGGACUUCUUCGGAAAGCCCGCAAAGUCCUGGCGGCAAAGCCAGAUAACUUGGAGCAAGAAGGAGGCCAAGGAGUCGCUGAAAGCCCUGAAGUUCAAGCUUGAGAACGUGGCCUACGGGGGCGGGACCCAGGCCUUGCAGAAGAAGUUCGAGAACUAUGCCAAAGGCGAGAGUGAUGACGAGAUCUCCGCAAAAGUCGGUGGCGACUUGGGGCCCAUCACCAAGAAGAAGAAGCUCUUCGGUGGCUAUGAGAUCGCGAAGGUCUCCUUCGAGCUGAAGAUCGGCACCAUCUCGGACGUCCUCGAGACCUCCGAGGGCGUGCACCUCGUCGGGCGCUUCGAAUGA